GCCGCCGCUGAGUGGUGGGAAGUGCUGUCGCUCAAUGUGAGGGCCCGCCCCGCCCUCACAUUGAGCUCGGCCGUGUGAUUCCGCGGGAGCGGCGCUACGGUGGCCGGCGGGGCCGGUGCCGGGCCGCUCCGCCAUGGGUGGCCGCAUCGAAUGCGUGUUCUUCAGCGAGUUCCACCCCACGCUGGGGCCCAAAAUCACCUACCAGGUCCCCGAGGACUUCAUCUCCCGGGAGCUGUUUGACACCAUCCAGGUGUACGUGAUCACGAAGCCCGAGCUGCAGAACAAGCUGAUCACCGUGACGGCCAUGGAGAAGAAGCUGAUCGGCUGCCCCGUGUGCAUCGAGCACAAGAAGUACAGCCGGAACGCUCUGCUCUUCAACCUGGGCUUCGUGUGCGACGCCAGAGCCAAGGCCUGCGCGCUGGAGCCCAUCGUGAAGAAGCUGGCUGGGUACCUCACCACGCUCGAGCUGGAAAGUGGAUUCAUCUCCAACGAGGAGAGUAAACAGAAGCUAGUUCCCAUCAUGACCAUCCUGCUGGAGGAGCUGAAUGCCAAAGGGAAAUGCACCCUGCCCAUAGAUGAGUCAAACACCAUCCACCUGAAGGUGAUUGAGCAGCGCCCAGACCCCCCCAUCGUGCAGGAGUACGAUGUCCCUGUCUUCACCCAGGACAAGGAUGACUUCUUCAACUCCCAGUGGGAUCUCACCACGCAGCAGAUCCUGCCCUACAUCGAUGGAUUCCGGCACGUCCAGAAGAUUUCGGCGGAGGCCGACGUGGAGCUGAACCUGGUGCGCAUCGCCGUGCAGAACCUGCUGUACUACGGGGUUGUCACGCUUGUCUCCAUACUCCAGUACUCCAAUGUCUACUGCACCACACCGAAGGUCCAGGACCUGGUGGAUGACAAGUGCCUGCAGGAAGAGUGUCUGUCCUAUGUCACCAAACAAGGGCACAAGCGAGCCAGCCUCAGGGAUGUCUUCCAGCUGUACUGCGGGCUGAGCCCUGGCACCACCGUGCGAGACCUCAUCUCCCGCUACACCCUGCAGCUCCAGAGGGUGGAUGAGAGGAGGCUCAUCCAGUUUGGUUUGAUGAAGGGCCUUAUCCGGCGGCUCCAGAAAUAUCCUGUCAAGGUGGCCCGGGACGAGCGCAGCCACCCAGCCCGGCUGUACACGGGCUGCCACAGCUACGACGAGAUCUGCUGCAAGACUGGCAUGAGUUACAAGGAGCUGGAUGAGCGCCUGGAGAACGACCCCAACAUCAUCGUGUGCUGGAAGUGACGCAGCGAUAGCCCCCGCUAGAGCCGUGUCCCCCCGCUGUCACCCGCUGUCCCCCGCUGUCCCCGCCACGUGUCCCCGGAGCGCCCCUCUGGUGCGGCCGCUCCUCCGCGCCGCCAGGGGGCAGCAGAGGCCGCCCCGCGCCGCUGCUGCAGCCGGCCCGCAGCGAGUCCUCCGCUCCGCCAGGGGGCAGUGGCGGUGGCGCCGUUGCCACAGCGACGCGGACGCCAUGGCCGCCGUGCCCGGGCCGCUGCCGCCCGCCGAGGCCGAGGCGCUGGUGCGAGCCCUGCAGGGCUCCGAGCUCCGGGACAUCGGCGGGCAGGGGUGCGGGGACACGGCAAUGGGGUGUCUAUGGGGGGAGAACAUGAAAGAGGGACUUUAAAUGCGGGGGGUCACCUUUGGGGCUGUGGGGAGCACAGGAGGGGGCCCAGUUUUGGGGCCUUCCCGGGGGUCACGGUGGGGGUAAGGAGAGGUUCCCAGAAGGUUUUGGGUAGAGAGGAGGAGUCCUGGUUUUGAGGUGAACCCCAGAGGGUUAGGGUGGGGUGGGGUGAGAGAAGGGGCUGCAAUUCUGGAGCAUUCCUGCGAGGGCUGGGGGAGAUUGGAGGGCCCAGGGUGAGGAGGGGUCCCGGGUCUGAGUGUCUGUGAGGGUGUAGGGGUGAUGGAGAGGCUCCCCCUGCUCUGUGGUGUCCCCAGUGAGGGUGCUGGGGGCGCAGCCAGCAGGGCAGGGCUGUCCAGUGGAGCUGCAGCCCCAGGCUCAGGGCACAGCGUGGCGUUGGGGGUUGCAG